AUGGCUAAGUUAAGGAGCAUAGUGGAGGAAGAGAAGGGAAAAUUAGCAUCAACGAUGAUUGGGGGGUAUAGGCGAAAGGCUAUUGUAACUUUAGUCAAGACUUGGAUGGUAGUUUCUGCCGAAACCGGUGAAGCACGCGUCGAGGAUGUUGACAAACAUUCCAUUAUGCGACGAACAGGGUUACCGGCCCGCGACCUUAGAGUACUAGAUCCACAUCUUUCUAAUCCUUCUUCUAUCUUAGGACGAGAAAGAUCCAUUGUUGUUAAUUUAGAACACAUUAAAGCCAUAAUCACUUCUACUGAAGUGCUUAUGAUUAAUUCCUCUAACCCUUUCUUUAACCGCUUUCUUCAAGAUCUUCAGGCUCGUGUUCCGCCUUCUAAUAACGUUGAAACGCGGAAACGGAUUAGUAAUGACGGUGUGGAUGGUGAUUGUGAAAACAAACCUUUGUUGGGUGAAAAGACGCACGAUGAUUGUGAUGAUUAUUCGAAUAAUGCAUCGGAGGGAAUCCCCGAUGAUUCUUCAAACAAUGUGGACGCGGCUCCUAAGCAGUUACCUUUUGAGUUCAAAGCGCUUGAGGCUUGUAUUGAAUCCGCUUGCACGUGCCUUGAAAGUGAGACUCAAAAAUUGGAAGAAGAGGCUUACCCAGCUUUGGAUGAAUUGACCUCAGAAAUUUCUACUCUCAAUCUCGAACGUGUAAGGCUGAUCAAGAAUCGUUUGGUCGCACUUUCUGGUCGUGUGCAGAAGGUAGCAGAUCAACUCGAACAUUUGUUGGAUGACGAUAAUGACAUGGCUGAAAUGUACUUGACACAAAAGCUCAAUGAUGGCUUAUUGGAUCAAACAUCAUUACAAGAAGGAUACAAUUCAACAUUUGAUGAAAACUUAUAUGAAAGCGAUGAAUCAGAUUCGGUUAACGACAAGCCUGAUGUUGAGGAAUUGGAGAUGCUUUUAGAAGCAUAUUUUGCACAAAUAAAUGGCAUCUUGCAAAAAUUGUUAAGUAUGAGUGAGUAUGUGGGUGAUACAGAGGACUACAUCAACAUAAUGUUAGAUGAUAAGAGAAAUGAACUUCUGCAAGUAUCAAUAACAUUCAGCACAAUAAACAUGAUAAUCAAUGCAGGGAUUGUGGUUGUUGGAUUGUUUGGCAUGAAUGUUCACAUUGAUCUCUUUGAUGGAGACCCUGAUUAUAAAUUUUGGACCGUGUUUGGUUGCACAGUCGGAGGCUGCAUAUUGUUAACACUCGUUUUUAUUUGGUGGGGUAAAAGCACAUAUUUGCUCUCAGAAUAG